GGGAGUAGGAGGGGACAGUCACCAGGAAGCAGCCUGUGCAAAUCACACCCUACUUCCUGUCUGUGCGUUCCUCCUUAUUUCCGGCCUGUGUGUUCCACACACAAAAAGUGAGUUUCCAUCGAUUGCGGCCUCCCAGUGUCCGUCGAAAUCAGGGUUACACAAUAGUGAAAACAUCCAAUGAUUCUGAGACACCCAGCAGCCAUCCCUGUGUGUCAGGAGGACUGAGCAGGACCCAGAAGCCCCAUCACGGUGCCUCCACCUCACUCACUGACACAUGAGAGGCACAAUGACCAGAAGAUCCUGGAACUCACCAACAAAAUCAUUCAGCUGCUGACUGGAGAGGAGGAGGAGUAUAUAGAGGAACACACGGGUCUGUACAAGGACGUGAUGAUGGAGAAUCACCGGCCCCUCACAUCACUGGAUGGGCCCAGUAACAGAGAUACCCCAGAGAGAUGUCCCCGUCCUCUGUAUUCCCAGGAUUGUACAGAGGAGAAUCACAGGAUCCCACAGGAGGAAAAGUCUGAAGGCCUGAUUGAUAAUAAGGGACAAGAUGUAAAGGUAGAAGAUAUAGAUGGAGAAGAGACGUAUGUGACUGAUAUGAAGGCAGAAGAUACAGAGGGAGAAGAAGAGACGUAUGUGAGGGGUGAUCAGCAGUGUAAGGAGGAGGAAAUCCCUACAGAUAUCAGCACAGCAGAUGGACGUAACAGCAGGAAUAAUUCAAAGAAAAAUCUCAUUUUAUCUCCAGAUUGUGAAAUAGAAGAUAAAGAAAUCAAACAAGAUUCUCCAGAAGAACCCACCAUUACCUCAAUUGUACAUCCAGUACCCCACAGUGCAGAUGCAUCACCCGAUCCUGCUUAUAAUGAGGAACGUUCUCCUGGUGCAGCUAUUACUGAUCUAAGAGUAGAUCAAAUAUUUUCCUCUUCUAUGAUUGCCAAAUGUUAUACGCAGAACGCAAAUGUUAUUACCCAUCAGCCAACUAAGGCAGGUGAGAGGCAAUUCCCAUGUUCUGAAUGUGAGAAAUGUUUUAAACGAAAAUCAUCUCUAGUUACACAUCAGAGAACUCAUACAGGUGAGAAACCAUAUACAUGUCCUGAGUGUGGGAAAUGUUUUACGGUUAAAUCAAAUCUAGUUUCACAUCAGAGUUGUCACACAGGUGUGAAGCCAAUUCCAUGUUCUGAGUGUGGGAAAUGUUUUUCAAAGAAAUCAAGUCUUGUUGAACAUCAGAGAAGUCACACGGGUGAGAGACCAUUUCCAUGCUCUGAGUGUGGGAAAUGUUUUAAUAGGAAAUCACAGCUUGUUACACAUCAGAGAAGUCACACAGGUGAGAUGCCAUUUUUAUGCUCUGAAUGUGGGAAAUAUUUUACACAGAAAUUAGCUCUUGUUAUACAUCAGAGAAGUCACACAGGUGAAAAACCAUUUCCAUGCUCUGAGUGUGGGAAAUGUUUUGCACAGAAAUCACUUCUUGUUAGACAUCAGAGGCAUCACACAGAUGAAAAAACAUUUCCAUGCUCUGAAUGCGGGAUAUGUUUCACAUGGAAAUCAACUCUAGUUGCGCAUCAGAGAAGUCACACAGGUGAGAGGCCAUUUCCUUGUUCUGAGUGUGGGAAAUGUUUUAUUGAUAAAUCGCAUCUAGUUUCACAUCAGAGAUGUCACACAGGUGAGAAACCAUUUCCAUGUUCUGAGUGCGGGAAAUGUUUUAGAAAGAAAUCACAUCUUGUUACACAUGAGAGAUGUCACACAGGUGAGAAACCGUUUCCAUGUUCUGAGUGUGGGAAAAGUUUUACACAGAAAACGCAUCUUGUUGAACAUCAGAGAAGUCACACUGGUGAGAAACCAUUUCCAUGCUCUGAGUGUGGGACAUGUUUUUCACAGAAAUCAGAUCUGGUUACACAUCAAAGGAUACAUACAGGUGAGAAAUCAUUUAAAUGUUCUGAGUGUGGGAAAUGCUUUUCCCAGAAAUCACAUCUUGUUGAACACAAUAGAAGUCACACAGGGGAGAAACCAUUUCCAUGUUCUGAGUGUGGGAAAUGUUUUAUAAAGAAAUCGCAUCUUGUUGUACAUCACAGAAGUCACACAGGUGAGAAACCAUUUUCAUGCUCUAAAUGUGGGAAAUGUUUUACGAAUAAAUCAAAUCUUGUUAAACAUCAGAGAAGUCACGCAGGUGAACAAUUUCCAUGAUCUGAGUGAGGGGAAAUGUGUCUUGCUCUUUUGUCAUGUGUAACACUCUUCUCUGGCUUAGUGACCAGGAGUCACAUGAGGAUGAAACGUGUCCUGCAUACUGAUUCGGUAAAAGUGGACAGGGACAGGAGACAUCUGACUGAGACGAUAUUAUCUGUCACCCUGGAGAUCAUCUACUUGUUGACUGGAGAGGAUUACACAGUAGUGAAGAAGACAUCCAGCAGCCAUCCCUGUGUAUCAGGAGGACUGAGCAGGAUCCAAAGCCCCAUCACGGUGCCUCCACCUCACUCACUGAUGCAUGAGAGGCACAAUGACCAGAAGAUCCUGGAACUCACCAACAAGAUCAUUCAGCUGCUGACUGGAGAGGUUGAUGUGACUAAAAUUAAGGUUGAAAACAUAGAGGGAGAAGAAGAGACAUAUGUGACUCGUAUGAAAGGAGAAGAUAUAGAGGGAGAAGAAGAGACGUAUGUGACUGGUAUGAAGGCAGAAGAUAUAGAGGAAGAAGAAGAUACGUAUGUGACUGGUAUGAAGGCAGAAGAUAUAGAGGAAGAAGAAGAGACGUAUGUGACUGGUAUGAAGGCAGAAGAUAUAGAGGGAGAAGAAGAGACGUAUGUGACUGAUAUGACGGCAGAAGAUACAGAGGGAGAAGAAGAGACGUAUGUGACUGAUGUGGAGGGAGAAUAUACAGAGGGAGAAGAAGAGACGUAUGUGACUGGUAUGAAGGCAGAAGAUAUAGAGGAAGAAGUAGAGAUGUAUGUGACUGAUAUGAAGGCAGAAGAUACAGAGGGAGAAGAAGAGACGUAUGUGACUGAUAUGAAGGCAGAAGAUACAGAGGGAGAAGAAGAGAUGUAUGUGACUGAUGUGGAGGGAGAAUAUACAGAGGGAGAAGAAGAGACGUAUGUGACUGAUAUGAAGGCAGAAGAUAUAGAGGGAGAAGAAGAGACGUAUGUGACUGAUAUGAAGGCAGAAGAUACAGAGGGAAAAGAAGAGACAUAUGUGACUGAUAUGAAGGCAGAAGAUAUAGAGGGAGAAGAAGAGACGUAUGUGACUGAUAUGAAGGCAGAAGAUACAGAGGGAGAAGAAGAGAUGUAUGUGACUGAUAUGAAGGCAGAAGAUAUAGAGGGAGAAGAAGAGACGUAUGUGACUGAUAUGAAGGCAGAAGAUACAGAGGGAGAAGAAGAGACGUAUGUGACUGAUAUGAAGGCAGAAGAUAUAGAGGGAGAAGAAGAGAUGUAUGUGAGGGAUGAUCAGCAGUAUAAGGAGAAGGAAAUCCCUACAGAUAUCAGCUUAGCAGAUGGAUGUAACCAAAGGAAUAUCUCAGCGGGACCUUUCAUUUUAUUUCCAGAUGGUAACACAGAAGAUUUCGCACAAGAUUCUCCAGGACAACAUCCUGACAUCCCAAUUAUAUAUCCAGUACUUCACAGUGCAGAUAUAUCAUCUAAUCCCUCUAAUCAUGAGCAAUGUUCUCCAGAUAAUUCACAUAUUGGUCCAUCUAUUACAGCUCUUACAGAUAAAAUAUUUACCUGUUCUAGAAAUGCGCAACAGAACAUAAAUCUCAUUAGUGAUCACCCAACUAAGACUGGUGCAAAGCCAUUUCCAUGCUCUGAGUGUGGGAAAUGUUUUACUUACAAAUCACAGCUUGUUACACAUCAGAGAAUACAUACAGGUGAGAGGCCAUUUCCAUGUUCUGAGUGUGGGAAAUGUUUUACUUACAAAUCACAGCUUGUUACACAUCAGAGAAUACAUACAGGUGAGAAGCCAUUUCCAUGUUCUGAGUGUGGGAAAUGUUUUACCCAGAAAGCAUUUCUUCUUAUACAUCAGAGAACUCACUUGGAGGUGAAACCAUUUUCAUGUACUGAGUGUGGGAAAUGUUUUACACUGAAAACAUCUCUUGCAACACACGAGAGAAGUCACACAGGUGAGAAGCUGUGUCCAUGUUCUGAGUGUGGGAAAUGUUUUACACAAAAAUCAAUUCUUAUCGCACAUCACCGAAGUCACACUGGUGAGAAGCCAUUUUCAUGCUCUGAGUGCGGGAAGUGUUUUGCACAAAAAUCAGUUCUUAACAGACAUCAGAAAAGUCACACAGGUGAGAAGCCAUUUUUAUGCUCUGAAUGCGGGAAAUGUUUUACACAGAAAUCAUAUCUGGUUAUACAUCAGAGACGUCACAGAGGUGAGAGGCCAUUUUCAUGCUCUGAGUGCGGGAAAUGUUUUACAGAAAAAUCAGAUCUUGUUAGACAUCAGGGAACUCACACCGGUCAGAAGCCAUUUUCAUGUGCUCAGUGUGGGAAAUGUUUUACUCAUAAAACACAGCUUCUUACACAUGAGAGAAGUCACACAGGUGAGAAACCAUUUCUAUGCUCCGAGUGUGGGAAAUGUUUUAUACAGAGAGCACAUCUUGUUAUACAUGAGAGACGUCACACAGGGGAGAAACCAUUUGCUUGUGCUCAGUGUGGGAAAUGUUUUACAUGGCACUCAUCUCUUAUAACACAUCAGAGAACUCAUACAGGUGUGAAGCCAUUUUCAUGUGCUCAGUGUGGCAAAUGCUUUACUCAGAAAUCAAAUCUUUUUACACAUGAGAGAAGUCACACAGGUGAGAAACCAUUUCUAUGCUCCGAGUGUGGGAAAUGUUUUAUACAGAGAUCACAUCUUCUUAAACAUCAGAUAAGUCACACAGGUGGGAAACCACUUUCAUGCUCUUAUUGCCAUUGUGUUACUGUUUUUGUAGAUAAAAUUCAGUCCUUGAGCAGAUGUGAAGGAAAGUCGCCUUCCGGCAUGGAUACCUUUAUCAGCGAUGUUGAUGUGAAGAUACAUGAGAGGCACAAUGACCAGAAGAUCCUGGAACUCACCGACAAGAUCAUUCAGCUGCUAACUGGAGAGGAGGAGGAGUAUAUAGAGGAACACAGGGGUCUGUACAAGGACGUGAUGAUGGAGAAUCACCGGCCCCUCACAUCACUGGAUGGACCCAGUAACAGAGAUACCCCAGAGAGAUGUCCCCAUCCUCUGUAUUCCCAGGAUUGUACAGAGGAGAAUCACAGGACCACACAGGAGGAUCAGGAUGAAGACCACUUGAUUAAUAUUAAGGCAGAAGACAGAGAGGGAGGAGAAGAGACAUAUGUGCCUGAUAUAAAGGUAGAAAAUACAGAGGGAGAAGAAGAGACGUAUGUGACUGAUAUGAAGGCAGAAGAUACAGAGGGACCAGAAGAGACGUAUGUGACUGAUAUGAAAACAGAAGAUACAGAGGGAGAAGAAGAGACAUAUGUGACUGAUAUGAAGAGAGAAGACAUAGAGGGUGAUGAAGAGACGUAUGUGACUGAUAUGAAAACAGAAGACAUAGAGGGAGAAGAAGAGACGUAUGUAACUGAUAUGAAGGCAGACGAUAUAGAGGGAGAAGAAGAGACGUAUGUGAGAGGGAAUCCGCAGUGUAAGGAGGAGGAAAUCCAUACAGAUAUCAGCACAGAUUUAAACCACCACGGGAAUACAUCAGAGGAACAUCUCUAUUCAACUCCUGAUGGUAAACAAGAAGAUAAAAACCUGACACAAGAAUUUCCAGCAGAAAGCACUAUUACCCCCAUUAUACAUCCAGUACAUCACAGUGCCGAAAUACCAUCUGUUACCUCUAAACAUGAGGAAUGUUUUCCUAAUAAAGCAGAUAUUGGUCCUUCUAUCACAGCUCUUAGAGCAGAUGAGAUGUUUCCCAGUUCUAUAGAUGACAGAUGUAUUACUCAGAGCACACAACUUAUUACACAUCAGCCAACUCAGAGAGGUGAGAGGCAAUUUUCAUGCUCUGAGUGUGGGAAAUGUUUUACGCGAAAAUCACUUCUUGUUAGACAUCAGAGAUGUCACACAGGUGAGAGGCCAUUUGCAUGUUCUGAGUGUGGGAAAUGCUUUCCACGGAAAUCAGAUGUUGUUUCACACGAGAGAACUCACACAGGCGAGAAACCAUUUCCGUGUUCUGAGUGUGGGAAAUGUUUUACACACAAAUCAGCUCUUGUUCUACACAAGAGAACUCACACGGGCGAGAAACCAUUUCCGUGUUCUGAGUGUGGGAAAUGUUUUAGUCGGAAAUCGUUGUUUGAUACACAUCAGAGAAGUCACACAGGUAAUAAACCAUUUUCAUGUUCUGAGUGUGCAAAAUGUUUUACACAGAAAUCAGCUCUUGUCAAACAUCAGAGAACUCACACAGGCGAGAGACCAUUUCCAUGCUCUGAGUGCGGGAAAUGUUUUACAAUUAAAUCGCAUCUUUUUAUACAUCAGCGAAUUCACACAGGGGAGAAGCCAUUUCCAUGCUCUGAGUGUGGGAAAUGCUUUACGCACAAAUCAGCUCUUGUUAUACAUCAGAGAAGUCACACAGGAGAGAAACCCUUUCCAUGCUCUGAGUGUGGGAAAUUGUUUGCACACAAGUCAGCCCUUGUCCUACAUCAGAGAAGUCACACAGGUGAGAGGCCAUUUCCCUGUUCUGAGUGUGGAAAAUGUUUUACACGGAAAUCAUUUCUUGUUACACAUCAGAAAGUUCACAGAAGAGAAACUUUAAUGAAAUAAUCGAUAUGAAGCAGCAAUACGUUAAUAUGGAAGCUGAUACCUGCACGUGUGGGUGGUAACGUACAUCCUGCUCAGACUGGUGCAGAUUGUGCAUGUGUGGAACUUGUUGCAGUUUCCUUAUUAUAUAUCAGGGAAGUUGGUAAAGGGAGGUAGGGCAAAGUCUAUGUAUCAUUUAUAGUUGUAUCAAAAUGGCUCCACUACUGCCAAACGCACUUGUAUUAUAGCAAUUUACCAGAAACUUAGAGGCAUAUAACCGUAAGCCUAUAUACCAGGCUGUUCUGCAUGUCCGAGAUGUUCUGCUCGUUAAUUGUGAACUAUAGUACAUACAGAAUGUAUUGGAAUACCCCAGACAGGCAGACACCAAGCCAACGUCAAGCUACUGUACUUGUGUUCACCCUAUUUCCUGUACUAUGUAUACUAAUGUGUAUCUCUGUAUCAUGUGAUGUGAUUUGUUGGUUCAGUAAUGUGCCUAGUAACUGCAACAGUAUAAAAUCAGUGUAUCAGCAUAUGUUGAGGGCAGUUCUGUAUUUCCUGAACUGUCCUCAUGCUGCAUAAUUCUAUCGCUCUCUGGGGCUAAUUCAGACCUGAUCGCAGCAGCAAAAUUGUUCUCUGAUGGGCAAAACCAUGUGCACUGCAGGUGGGACAGAUAUAACAUGUGCAGAGAGAGUUAGAUUUGGGUGUGGUGUGUUCAAACUGAAAUCUAAAUUGCAGUGUAAAAAUAAAGCAGCCAGUAUUUACCCUGCACAGAAACAAUAUAACCCACCCAAAUCUCCCCCUGCAGUGCACAUGGUGUUGCCCAUUUGCUGCUGCGAUCAGGUCUGAAUUAGGCCCUCUCGUUGAGAAUUGCUACUGUAUAUUUAUUUAAUUGGAUUUCUUUUAAAUAAAAUUAAUUUAUUUUUGUACUUGCAGUUAUAAGUGACCAGUCAAAAAAUGUUGGAUCAAAUUAUGGGGGUCAUUCCGAGUUGUUCGCUCGGUAAAAAUCUUCGCAUCGCAGCGAUUUUCCGCUUAAUGCGCAUGCGCAAUGUCCGCACUGCGACUGCGCCAAGUAAAUUUGCUAUGCAGUUAGGUAUUUUACUCACGGCUUUUUCAUCGUUCUGGCGAUCGUAAUGUGAUUGACAGGAAAUGGGUGUUACUGGGCGGAAACAGGCCGUUUUAUGGGCGUGUGGGAAAAAACGCUACCGUUUCCGGAAAAAACGCAGGAGUGGCCGGAGAAACGGGGGAGUGUCUGGGCGAACGCUGGGUGUGUUUGUGACGUCAAACCAGGAACGACAAGCACUGAAAUGAUCGCAGAUGCCGAGUAAGUCUGAAGCUACUCAGAAACUGCUACGAGGUGUGUAAUCGCAAUAUUGCGAAUACAUCGUUCGCAAUUUUAAGAUGCUAAGAUUCACUCCCAGUAGGCGGCGGCUUAGCAUGAGCAAAUCUGCUAAAAUCCGCUUGCGAGCGAACAACUCGGAAUGACCCCCUAUAUUUCCAUAUCAUUCUGUUACUGGGAGUCGCACAACUCCAGAAACGUGAUCUUACUGUGCAAAUGCAAUACUAUCUUACCAUGUGGCUUUUAUUCUGUAAAUAAAUUAAUGAAUUUAUAAAUGUAAACGAUUGUUACAUUGAUUCCAUAUAGCACAGUGCCCGCUCCACAGGCUUAAAGUCUACCCCCAAAACCCACCUUCCACCUCCCUGGCUAGUCCUUACAGCCAAUAGGGAACUGACAACAACUAUGUGCUAUGACUCCUGGAGAUCAUACCCUGUUUCCCCAGUCUCAUGACUCCCCCCCCCCCCCCAUCUUGUCUCCAGCCUUAUAAUUGCCUAAACCGUGACUUGCAGACCCCAUCUAUCUGACGCUCUUUACCUU